GCUCCGCGCGGCGCGUGCCUCUGCGCGCUGACGUCCGACGCUCCAGGUACUUUCCCCGCGGCCGGCCAGACCGGCGCGGGGGGCGGGGCGCGGCGCGGAGCGCGCAUGCGUCGCGGCUCCGGCGCACUCCCCGGUGGUGCGGGGCCUGAGCCUCUCGGCUGGCGCCGGCUCCGCUCGCGCUCCCGCUCGCUCCCGCCGCCAUGUCCGCCACCGUGGAGCGGGAGUUCGAGGAGCUGGAUACCCAGAACCGCUGGCAGCAGCUGUACUUGGAAAUUCGCAACGAGUCCCAUGAUUAUCCUCAUAGAGUGGCCAAGUUUCCAGAAAACAGAAAUCGAAACAGAUACAGAGAUGUAAGCCCAUAUGAUCACAGUCGUGUUAAAUUGCAAAAUGCUGAAAAUGAUUAUAUAAACGCCAGCUUAGUUGACAUAGAAGAGGCGCAGAGGAGUUACAUCUUAACACAGGGCCCACUUCCUAAUACAGGUUGUCAUUUCUGGCUGAUGGUUUGGCAACAAAAAACCAAGGCAAUUGUCAUGCUAAACCGUGUUGUGGAGAAAGAAUCAGUUAAAUGUGCACAGUACUGGCCAACAAAAGACGACCACGAGAUGCUGUUCAAAGAAACAGGAUUCAGUGUGAAGUUCUUGUCAGAAGAUGUGAAGUCAUAUUAUACAGUACAUCUACUGCGAUUAGAAAAUAUCAAUACGGGCGAAACCAGAACAAUAUCUCACUUUCAUUACACUACCUGGCCAGAUUUUGGAGUCCCCGAAUCACCAGCUUCAUUUCUCAAUUUCCUGUUUAAAGUGAGAGAAUCUGGUUCCUUGAAUCCUGAGCAUGGGCCUGCCGUGAUCCACUGUAGUGCAGGCAUUGGGCGGUCUGGCACUUUUUCCCUGGUAGAUACCUGUCUCGUUCUGAUGGAGAAAAGAAAUGAUAUUAACAUUAAACAACUGUUACUGAAUAUGAGAAAAUACCGAAUGGGACUUAUUCAGACUCCAGAUCAACUCAGAUUUUCUUAUAUGACAAUAAUAGAGGGAGCAAAAAUUUUAAAAGGAGAUUCAAAUAUACAGGAACAGUGGAAAGAACUCUCUAAAGAAGACUUAUUUCCUGCUUUAGAUCAUUCAUCAACCAAAAUUAUGACAGAAAAAUACAAUGGGAACAGAAUAGACCUAGAAGAAGAAAAAUUGACAGAUGACAGAUAUACAGAACUAUCCUCUAAAAUGCAAGAUUCUGUGGAGGAGAGCAGCGACAGUGUUCUACGGAAACGUAUUCGAGAGGACAGAAAAGCUAACACAGCCCAGAAAGUGCAGCAGAUGAAACAGAGGCUAAAUGAGACUGAACGAAAAAGAAAAAGGUGGUUAUAUUGGCAACCUAUUUUUACUAAGAUAGGGUUUGUGUCAUUCGUUUUGGUUGGCGCUUUUGUCGGCUGGAUGCUGUUCUCUCGGCAAAAUACCUUACAAAUAAGCAAUUAAUUUUGCUUAACAAGCUUCCACACUGGUAGCUGGUAGUGUUGCGUUUAUCACAAGGGUUUGUCUUGUUAACAGACUCCUCAUCCCCCAAAGGGCACAGUAGCAUAGACACUAACCAGAUAAGUGUUAAAUUCCGUCCCUGCCCACCAUCUCAGGACGCUACCCCAAGACUGUAAAUGGCUAUCAAAAAUAAAGACUUUAAUGCUUGUUUAAAACUGGUACAUUUUGUAGCUGUAUUCAUCAUACAUGUUAAGCAUAAUAUUUUACCUGAGCAGAUUGAUAAAUCCUUUAUCACAAGGAUUUGUUUUUGGAGGAUAUCUGGAAAUGAACCUGCACUUGAUAUAAGCAAUAAAUAUUGUGGUUUAAUCUACAUUAUUACUGGAAAGAAAAUUAUCUUUAAUGUGUGUAAUGUAUUAUGUACUAUUAACAUGGGCAUCAACAUUUUAUAUUCUUUACCAUUUCAGAGUAUAUUUUAUAAAUACCUAUUUAAUCUUUUGUAGUUAAAUGUACUUUUUAAAAGCUCAAUUUGAAAACUCUGUUACCAUAAAAUAAUUGUAUGUUGACUCCGUUGUAAUGGAAACAUUUUCCUAUAGAGAAGUUUGAUAUGAGCAGAUAGAACUUGGAAUAAGUAAUCUUUAUUCUGUAUUUGCAUUUCUUUCAUGUUUUACAGUUUUCCCAAUUUUAAAAAGAUAAAAAAUUUUCCUAAAAAUAUGAAGGAAAAUUUUUCCUUACUGGCAUAGUUAGGUGGCAGUUAUUUAAGUCUUUAUAAAGAUGUUCAUUUAUUUCUGUAAAGCCCAUUAUUAAUAUUGUUUAUUUUUCAUGAAAAUCUCAAUGUACUCACCCUAAUUUACAACUGGGGUAAGUCAUAAUUUGGGAAUUAAUAAACAGCAUUUUACGAUCCAUGAUUUCAGUUUACUAGGCUGAAGUUUUGAAGUAAAAAAUUUUUCAAGUUCUUUCUACUUCAAUAAAUAGUAUGAUGACAUACAACCUUACAUUGUCCCUUAACUUUUUAUGGGUACUUGAAAAUUUACUGAUUUUAACUGCUUGUUUGAGUGCUAGCUUUCUUCAUAUCUCAACAUUCCAUCUGGUGUUAACUUGCUUGACUUAAACUUCAAAUAGUUGUCAGAACUUUUAAUUGCGGGAAUAAUUAAAUCAUAUUAUUUUGGUGGUUUCCAAACUACUAUGCUUGCAUUUUUAAGAGGUCACCAAGAGGUGGAUGGAAGAACUCCAAGCUACCAAUUUUUAUUUUAUUUUCACCCAGACCAUCUCUUAUCUGUUUCAUACACUACGUAAGAUUCUUACAUAAGUCUUUAUUAUUUUAAGGGAGCAGUUACUUUUAAAACAGUUUGAAACCAUUGGUAUAUUUUUAGUUGAUGUGAGUAGCCUUCUUGAAUGUAGGUGAUACUACUUAUUAAAUGAUUUUUAUAACUUG